ACCCUAGAAAUGUCAGAGAGAAGUGCAAAAAUUUGGGUGUACUCGCGAAAGUAAAGAGGAAAGGCGAAAAAAGAGCAAAACAAACAAGAAAUGGUUCUAUGAAGUUUUUUUUUUGGAAUUGUGAUUGUGCACAAAAAAUUCCGUGGACAGUGUGUAUAUUGCAAAAAAGGUGCACCUAAGGAUGGAUAGUCAAUCACAAUCUUUCAGUGAAAAUGAGAUGCUCAAGGCUCUCUACGAUUUCCAAGCUAUCUACCCAAAGACCAUCAGCUUUGAUGAGGGAGAAUACUUCAUACUCCAUCAAACCAGUGCCAGGCAGAGAAAUUGGUGGCAAGUUGUGAGCAUGAAGGGAAACAUUGGAUUUGUGCCAUCGAAUUAUGUAAUGAAACUCAAGGUUGAACCAGAAUUUAUGAUUGGUUUCCUUGACUCCAGUAUCGAAUCCCUGAAAUUGUCAACGGAUGAAGAGGUGAAUGGCAUUAUAAAUCGGUUGGAAUUGAUCCAGAGGCUGGAAGAGAGGAAAAAACGGGCACAUUUGGCGAUUAAAAAAUCCCCAGAGCUCAAUAACCAUUCCAGUGAGCCGACAAAUGCCAUUUCUGUACAGAAACCAGAGAGGCAUGAGGUCAAGAGCCCCAUCACCAAGAAGAGUCUCUCGAGCCCGGCUGUUGGGGUUCAGCCACCACCACAGCCCAUUCAGGAGAGUCCAAGUUUGGGCGUCCUGGCGGCCAAAUUGGAUGACGUCAGUAUUUCUGAGCCAUCUGAGGCCACCCACACUACAACGAGUGACAGUGACAUUACGACCAUCUCCAAGGGUGAAGAUCACUCUCAGAAGAUUGUGAGUCCUCCUAGUGCAUUCAACAAUCGCAGUGCCACUGUCGUGAAUUCUCACAAUGGCCAGCCAGAGGAUGUCAGCAAUCACACUGAAGAAGUGGACAGGAGACGAUUCAGUGAAGCGCAUAGAAUCACGUCGGAUGAUGUUUACCUGAUUGUCGAUGCCAUUCGGCUGAAUACGAACCUCAGUCAUUCGGAUUCAUGCAUUGCACUUCGGACAGUUUUGUCAGAAGUGGGAUCACUGAUUCCCCAAGUAGCCCCUCAGCUGGACACAAUUGCGGCGCACCUCAAUUCGGCUCCUCUUGUGGCACCAGAUAAUCUUCUGGGCGACACUCAUGAUUCCAGGCGACUCAGGGCUAUUUUUGCCGAUCUGGCUGAUUGCAAGAAUGAUUCGGAACAGAGGAGUUGGAUGUUAUUUGAGGAUGAAGAUGAGAUUAUCCAAUACUUGACUGUUCUCAAUGGAAUUCUGAAAAACGCCGAUCCGAAAAUUUGUUGCUAUGAAAUGUCUUGUGAUCACUACCAAAGCAUUAUUAACUUAGUCCAAUACUACCAAAUGGAGACCAGAUGGACAAUUAGGCGAUUACUCUUGGAUGCAUUCAAGGCCAUUUGUCAGCUAGACUAUACGGCAGUUGAUGUGCUGCUAGGUUCAGUCUUGCCCACAGAAUUAAUUCAGGACAUGACGUCAAAUUCGUCAAAUGUGGAACGCCUCAAGGAAUUGGCAAUAAUGAUGACGAUGAUCUUUUCAAUUGGACUUAAAAUGCCAGUAACGCAUGAGGAUCACUUUGGAAAGGAUUUUCUGCUCUUUGUCCUGAAUAUUAUUGAAUGUCCACCAGCGACGGAUAUCAAUGAAAUUCUCCCGGAUGUUAUGAUUAAUCUUGUGCUGUCAUUCAAUUUGCAAUUCGAUCAUUUUGCCAAUAGUGUUGUUCUUGAUGCAUUUCGUGAGAUGAGAUCAGCGAAGACGUUCACUGAGAAGCUCCUGAUGUUGAUCAAUAGAGAAACUGAUCCGGUCAAAAUGCUCAAACACACGACACUUCCUGUCAAUUCUGUGCUGAAAAUGAUUGUGGAUCUGUUUCAGGCACCAGAAACAGCAGCACAUUUCUACACCAACGACAACAAAGUUCUCAUUGAUAUUCUCGUGAGGCAACUUUCUGAUCUUAGUCCCGAGGAUCCGCUGAGACGAUGGUAUUUGGAAUUGUGUCGGAGAAUUUUGAGAAAUACUGACUAUGCGGAACACACGCAUCGUAAGCAGGAUCUCAUGAAGAUCUUCACACGGAUCUUCUGCGAAGAGACGGAAUCGAGUCUCAAAGACCAGAAACUAGUCCGUGAAAUUGCCAAUGAAUUUCCUCAGAUAUUUAAGGCUUAAGAAAAGUGAAAGAAAAAACCUUUUUGAAUUCGUAUAAUUCCAAAAUGUAUAAUGUAGGCCUGUGGAAUAAGUAAUGUUUAAAAGUAAAAAAAUAGUCGACUUUACUAUGGAAAGACGAACUUUUUUCCACUGAAUUAUUUGUUUUGCGAGUUCUCAUUGGACUUUCUGAGUGAAAUCUAAACAGAAUGAAUUUUAGGCCACGUCCCUCUUAGGUGUUAUAGUCAACCAAAGUAGUUUUUUUUUAAUUUAAAUAAAGAACAGAGUUUCAGGCUCAUCAUUGAUUUGCCAAAAUAGUAAAAGUUUGAAUACAAAAUUAAAAAGAGGUGACAAGGGUCUGAUGCUUUGCGGAAUGCUCGAAUUCGUAAACUAGAUGCUUUACCUAAAAAAUACUCUCACGUCAUUACCCGUUUAUUGGUUCUUAAUCGAUUUGAACCAAUUCAUAAAUUACUUAAAAUACACUUCAAAAUAUCUUAAGAGUAAUAAAAAUGGUUUUCGGACAAAAUUUUUUUACCGGCCCAAAACCGAUUGGAACCGGUUCAGUCUUAUUAGAAAUUCCAAGACCUUUCCAACGAAGCCAAACAAGAUACCAUUUUGUUGAGAAAUACUCUCUCUAGGCCUUUCUUAACCUUUCACCUUGAAAAACGUUAUUAGGAAUGAUUUACCGGAAUUUCGAAUAAAAAGACAGAUUCGAAUGACAUAUGAAUGGCAGAUUUUUUGAUAAAAAACUUAAGUAGGGUGGAGUCACCACUUCUCGCUAGUGCCCAUCUUUUCGCCACUUAAAUUUGAAAUCGUUAUUUUUCGCGACUUAUGAAAUAAAUGAGCCACAAAGUUACUUGUAUUUUUACUGCUGCUACGUAUAGAGUCGAAAAAUAGUAAUUAUUCGUUUUGAAUUUACGAUUUUGAGCAUAUUUUAGAGCAAUAUUUUAAGCAAGUGCAUCGAAUCCAAUAUACUGUCAUCAAAUUUUCAUCAAGCAAAAUGUACCUUUUUGGAUAAAUAAUUUGUAUAUUGCAUAUUUAAUUGAACUUGUGGAAUAGAUAAAAUUUGUAUUCAGUUAAUUAAUAUUUCAUUUUAUAUUAUAUUUAUAUAAAAAUGAGGCAUGGCGAAAAGUGGUAAUAUUUUGGAAUGAUUUUACCACCUGUCGCCAUCUCUUUUUCAAUAGGCAACGCUAACUUCACUUCGUAGAUUCUCAGUUGUCAAUUCUGGAUUGUUUACUUUAUGCAAUAGUCCAAUAGUUUGAUUUAUCAAAUAAAAACGAAGAAAAAUAAUUUAAAGUGAGUAAUAAUAAGGUGAUCAUGAGGAAAGAUAAAUACUGAAUGUAUUCUUUGCAUAAUAUUGCCCAAAAUAAUUGAGUUUGAACCAUUUUAAGUGGGUGGCGAGAAGUGGUCACAGAACUGGCGAAAAGUGGUAAAAAGUGGCGACGAAGUGGUUAUUUUUGCAUUGUUAAUAAAAAUCAGUUAUUUAAGUAGUCCGGCGUUAAAUUGGAGGAGUAUUGCUUUCACGAAUCUGCAGCCAAUACAUCUAAGUAACUUUGUGUCAAUUUUGAGUUAUCUUGUAAUAAGGGUUCAAAAGUUAUAAUAAAAUAAAUUCUUCUUUUUCCUAAACAUGGCGAUAAGUGGUUACUCCACCCUAUUUAGAUUAUAUUUUUAGUAAUUUUUCGAAAAAAAAACAGAAAAUUUUGGCAUUAGGUGAAAAAAAUACAAAAAAGUGGGAAUAGUUUUCAAAGUAUCGUGGGCUUUAUUGCUUUAUUUAUUUCAUUGCUUGAAUUAUGAUUUUUUUCUUUUCUCGAAUUCUUGCAAAAUUUUUUAAAAGGGGCGUGGCCUAAUUUUUAAUUGAGGGAUUGUUAAUAAAAGAAGUCUUUCCUUAAAGUAUCAGUUUAUCCUUUUAUUACAUUCAUAUUUUAAAUGUAAAAAAAACAACGUUUUUUUUAACCAUAACUUUUCAAAAGUGCGUGGCCUAAAAUUUUUUUUUGAUAGAACUCACGCUGAAAGUCCAAUGACUGAAAUUUACGUAAUUUAACAAUAAAGUUACGUCUUUCCCAACAUCGAGUCCCAAAUAUUCUGCAUGAUCACAAUCUCUCUGUCGUGCCAAAAUGAAGAAAAUAAAUAAAUAAAUUGAGCCAAUAUCUCUAAGUCAAUAACAUCUUUCCCGUUUAGCGAUUAUAUACAAUAAAAUUAACAAAAUAUGUGAAAUGUAUGUAUAUGAAAUUGCAUGAUGGUGAAAUUAUGUAGAGAAUCUUCCAAAAUGCCAUUUUUCCAUUGCACAAAAUGCACAGACAUAGUGCCAUUUGAAAUAAUGAAAGAUACCUUGAGAAUUUACCACAAUUACAACUAAAUUGAAAGUAUAAAUGCCGUUUUAAGCUAAAUGAAAUAUUUAGAGAUGAAAAGAAGAAGAUAAAAAAAUAUGAAAGAAAUAUUUAAAGUCAUAUUGUCGUUCUCUAGAUUAUAUUAUUGUUACAUUCUUGGAAAGUUACAGAAAGAAAAUUAUUUAUAUCAUUCCAAAUUAAUAAGAGAAAAAAAUACCAGCAUCGGAGAUGACGUAACUGUUGUUUUUCUUAUCCUCUUCUAUAUAGUACCUCUGAUUAGGAUAAAUAUUUACUAAACUAACGAAGAAUAGAAACCCUUUCAGAAUUUUCCUACAAUAUUCAACUUUGGCAGAUUUCAAAAUAAUAUUAAUAAUAAAUUUAGAAAAUAAAACAAAUCAUCUCGAAGGAAAAAUAUUUGAAAAUUGUCUUUUAAAAUUUCAGAAAUGAUAUAAAAAAAAAUAACUCGAAACAGGCGCAUUUAUUCUAAUUUAAGUGUCUUAAUACAUUUUUAUAUUAUUCUCUGUUUUCAGUCAGUUCUGCCAAAAUUUUGAAUCAAUCUGUAAUUAGUUUUAUUAUACUCUCUUGUUUUGUAAAUCCACAGUUCAAAAGGAUUGUUAACUAUCUACAAUAAAUAGUAAAUAUUUAUUAAA